AUGUCCGCAACUACAACCCAAGUUGGUACCCGUCAGACUCCCGACUGCAUCACCUUUUUAUUUCAGGUAAUAUCAGAAAAGGAAUGGAUAAAAUUUUUCCCAAAACAAGUCACCGAAAACUACACAAGUUCGGUGACUUUUAUGAAACAACUGACUGUCGUGGCCAUGAGUACCAUAACAUAUUUGAAAAACGUGUUCCCCGAGGAGAGCUACAAUACAGAUAUAUUCGCGGGACUAAAGUUGAGGUUGUUGAAGGAGAAAUGUGUGGAUGAUAUGGCUCAGUUUGUGAGUUCGGCGUUGAAAAACGCGUUCGAAGCUUUCGAUAAGAAAUAUGUCCAGCAGCUAGCCCUAUGCUUUUACGAUGGCGACUGCGUCCCCGAGAAUCUCCUGGAAUACUACAUGUUUGAGUACACAUACAACUCUGAGGGCAUGUCGCUGAACAUAAACUCCAAGACCAGGAAUAACGCUAAGUCAAUGCGGUGCUCCUUGGAGUCAGUGCAGAAUAAAACCUUGAUGUUCGUGAGGGCCCUGUCACUCUUCAUAUACGCGAACUGUCAAGACUUAUUGCCACUUAACUACGAUAUAACCCUACGGAUCUAUUACAAUGAAGAUGCCCCCGAGGACUACCAAGCACCCGGUUUCAUAGAGAGUACCGGCCCGGACCCGGUGUCGGACACGCUGCGCUCGUCCGUGCGCCUCGGCCACGUGGAGACGCCGCACCACCAGCUCGUGGCCAGGACCUACGUGCGCGGGCUGAUACCGGAUGCUGAGCCAUCGGAUACACAACUAGUGGAUAGACGAAAUGAUUCAUUUGAAGAUGAGUCCAUGAAGUGUGAGGUCAACUCGGAGUCGUCACUGCAGCCAUCGCUUCAAUGCCCCUGCGGCAAGCAAGAUGCCCGAGAACAGGUGCUAAUUACGUGCCGCUAUUGCCACACCCAGCAACACGCGAUAUGCUUCGGUCUCAUGGCGCCAGUAAAAGACCACUGUUGCGCGACUUGCGCCAAAAGAGACCCCUCUAGGAAGUCCACCUGUCCCUUUUUAAAGGACCUGGAGGGACGCAAGCAGGAGUGUAUCUGCAUCUUCCGGCGCACCCUGGUCAUGUGCUUGCACCAAUCCUCGAUCAGCGGCGAAGAGCUGAUGGCCAAGUUCAACCUUCAACCGGUCAGCACCAACAAGAUGAUCCGUCUGUUGAUCUCGCACUUAAUUCUGCCCAACAUAGACCCCACAUGCAACAAUUUGACCAUUGCCCGAAACAUCAACCCAAUACGCCUCAAGCUGGCCUGCAAGAAGUUCUUCCAAAUGGAGCAGGACAACAUCGUGGACCGUGUGCUCGCCGAAACUGAGGCGUCAGACCCAGUCGAGGAAGCCCUUAGCCCCAUAGAGAAAAUCACGCUCAGGGAAACUAACCUCGGCACGGUUAUAAAUAAACCUGAGAAAUUGAAUAUGACACCUUUAAAAGAAUUUAGUGAUGUAGAGCUGCCUAACCAGGACAUAUCUGAGGAGCUACCCCUGAGUGGCUCUCAUAACCCGGUCAACGUGCCGAGGCCUGAAAAAAAAUUGAAGAGGAAGAAGGUAGAUGAUGAGGAUUGGACGCCUAAACUACCCAAGUUACGGUCUGGGGCUACUAAGAAUAAGAGACCAUAG